CAAGAAGUAAAUUCUGUUUUAUUUUAAUGUAAUUUAUUAAAAUAUCAUAAUUCAUCGAAAUAUUGUACAUUUAAAUUAUUCUGGCAGAAUAUUAUAAAUGGUUAGGUAUUCUAAUGGAAUCUUUUUUAUUUUGUGAUAUAUCAUAUAUAGUACAGAAAUUCAAUUUGAAACUAAAUGUUUUCCAAUCAUUAUUCUUUUUCUCUAUUUGGUACAGGCUUUUUUCUAUUGAACAUAAAUGCAGUACCUUUCUAGAGCUCUGUAACUUAAAAAUAUGUCUGUUAUGUAGUAAGUUAAGGGAGUGUUUCUAGAAAGAAUUUCAGAAAUAUGCUCUGGUCAAGCUAAGACACCUUUAACCUAUUAAUUAUAGCUGGAUUAUUGACUCUGGCAAGAAAUGAACAGUAUUUUUUAUAACUGGUUUCUGUCAUUUUCUAAAAGUUUUAAGGCAAUCCACUGUAAACCACAAAAAAGUACAGAUUUUUGCUCAUUGUGCUUAUUUGUGCUGUGGCUACCUGGAAGAUGAUGUCAUUAAGGAUUUUGUUAGUUACAGGGAAAAUACAAAAGACUAACAAGAUGGAAAGAGCCAUUUUUCAUGGUGGCAAUAGCCACAUAAUUGUGAUUAAAGAACAAUUCCAUCUCUAUUGUUUUAUCUGUUAUAUUAAGAGAUAUAUGUAAUGGCGAUAUGAAAGUGUACUGCAUAAGAGUAAUUAUUUAUAUUUGAUGUGUACUAUUGCUCGAUUUACCCCUUUCUGCGUUUUAAAUAGAGGAGCAUUUUUCUACGAUGAUCCCACUGUUCUCUUGCCAUCCCUCCCACUUUCAAUUCUGAUUGGCCAAACUCAGAACCUAUUCCCUCUCUCGAUUGGCUAACUUUCCUGUCUGCGUCGUGACGUAGCCCCAGGAGCUGCGUGACAGGUCCGUAGGAGGUUUCCUAUAGGUUUAAACAGGCAGUGUGUGGGUUUACAACAAGGAAAGCGUUGACACGAUUACAAUGAAUUUGUGAAUAUAAUAAAGCUUACUUUGGAGACAUGAGACUUGCUGUAUACGCGUUUUACGGCGUUGCUCUUGGGCUUUUGCUCGUGGGUGUGCGGGAAUUAUUAUUUGGUUUCGAGGAGAAUCGAUGCAGCAUGACAUACAUGUUCGAGUACCCAGAAUACCGACGCGUACAGCUUCCGAGGCGUGUCGCGCGCCAGUACCCAUCAUACGGGCUGUAUCUGUAUGGAGAGGGCGCAUAUGCUCAGGAGACCAGAGGACUCAAGCUCACCGGCGCACCUGUGCUCUUCCUGCCGGGGAAUGCGGGGAGCUACAAGCAAGCUCGUUCUCUGGGUUCGGUGGCGUUGAGGAAGGCUGAGAACCUGGACAGACCGAUCCAUAUGAAUGUGUUCACUAUUGACUUCAAUGAGGAGCUGGUGGCCCUGUAUGGGGGCAGUUUGCGCAGACAAACUCAGUUUCUACAUGAAAGCAUCAAAGCCAUCUUGCGCCUUUAUAAGGACUGUCCAGACCCCCCCACAGGUGUGGUUCUGGUGGGUCACUCCAUGGGUGGAGUGGUGGCAAGAGCGUUGUUUACCCUGGCACGCUUCAAUCCACGGCUGGUCAGCCUCAUCAUCACACAGGCCUCCCCCCACCAGGCACCUGUCCUGUCUCUUGACCCUUAUAUACUGGAGUUUUACUCCACAGUCAGGCAUCGCUGGGCCACAAAUGCUGAAGACCUUCGAAAUGUUACCGUUCUCUCUGUGGGUGGUGGUUACCUUGACUUCCAGGUGCGUUCUGGCUUGACGGCACUGUCCUGUCCCAUCGAUGACCUCAAUAAGAUGUCAGUAGUGGUAACUGCAGUUCCCCGAACCUGGGUUUCCACAGAUCAUAUUUCCAUUGUUUGGUGCAAGGAGCUGGUUCUGGCCACAGUCCGGGCAUUCUUCGACCUUAUUGAACCUGAAACGGGGCAGUUCACAGAGAGUCCAGAGAAGCGAAUCUCAGUGUUGAACUAUCACUUCUUUAGACACCCAGUGCUGCAGCCUGGAGAAGCACAGGAUGCCCCUGUCACUUUCUCAGCUCCCCCUGAGGCGUGGAAGGAGGUCAACACACUCCGUCUGUUCUACACUGCCCCCAAGGAAGCUCAAGUCAAGUACUUCCUGUUUGCUCUCUCUAGUCGAAGGAAGGCCUACAGUCAUUUCCAUUGCCGCAGUAAUAAUAUGGAAAUGACCAGCUGGCUAUAUGGCUGCACACAGAUGAGUGGCUCGAUGUGUGUUCAGGCAGUAGAUCUGUCAUCUGAGACAGAGCUCCUUCCAGCCUAUAAGGCUGUGACAGUGAAAAUCAGUGAACUCUUGUCAGUCUCUCAUCUCAUCAUUGAUGCCUCUAACCCCAGCGGAGCACAGUUUGUAGUGGAGUGUGAGCUGCAGAGAGAGCAGAGCCUGACUGUCUCAGUGCAGGUGCCUCAUACGCUGUCCUUUGGUCUGACCGUCAGUGACAUCAGCAUUAACUCCUCUGGGCUGCUCCAUACACUAAUGCUACAAGACUUUCAUCAGGUUUAUCAGGCUUAUAGAAUAACGAUCAUGAGCCAUUGCAAAACCUCUAAAGACAGACUGCCCAGUGUUUACAGACUGAGGGUACCUUGGUUUCACGAAGACUCCUUUGCUAUGGCAAGUAUUCCUUCGGUAUCUGAGAUCUACAGCAUGCUUCACACCAGCCGCCCAGACAACACCUCCAGUGCCAUCCUGCAGCUCCACACUGCCCCCAACUGCCAAUACAGGGUGUCUAUUCGGACUUCAUUUCCCAAAGUGCUUGGGCAGAUUCUUCGUUUCUGUGGUCCAGUUCUGCCCGUCUACUCAGCUGUAGUGCUUCUCCUGAUGAUCAGGGCUCAGCUGAGCUCUGUCAAAAGAUCGGGGCAUCCUGUUGGAAUGCAAGAGGCAAUGAGUAAAUCCUUACAGCUCCACAAACUGGAACUGCCUGUGCUCCUGCUGCUGCUGCUGCUCAGGCAGAGCUGGUUUCAGGAUGUCUGGUCCUUUCUUGGUCUUCCUUGGGUGGAUACUCUUCCUCUAAACUCUGUGGAAAGCAUAUCCCAGGAUCCAAAAGCCUCUAUGCAGGAAUGGCCUCGUCUAGUGUCCCCACUGCUCUGUGUGCUCGGUGCAGCCAUUGCAUUCUGGGGUAGCACAGUCCUCAGAGUGUCUGUCUACUUCCUGUCCUUUUUUCUUGCUCCACUGCACAGACCUUCAGUGUCCCGGGAUUGUGGCACGCUUCGUCUUCAUACUCAGAUUCUCCUGAUCAUCUCUCUGAGUGUGCUGGGAGGCGUCACCUGUGGAGCGCUGGCUCUUAUGGUCUCCGCUCUUCUCCACUUCUACAGAGUGCUUAGAUUACAGAUGACAGAGAGAUCACUGAGCCACAUGUUGAACCUGGCGCCCCAGAAAGUUUCACAAAACUCAGAAAAUGGUUUUCAUGGCACUGAUUCUCACAGCAAUGGUAAAGAAUGUAAUGGCAGCCCUUUACUGUCAGAAUCAGUUCUACAAGACGUCCGAGAUGAUCUGCAGCUCCACUUCAGUUUGUCCACAAUGCUUACUCUUACCAUGAUGUUCAGCACCCCUUCCCUUAUCCACUGGAAGCACAAUCUCAGAUAUUGGGUUCAUUUGGAUCCUGACCCCUGCUGGCCUCACAUUCUACCCCUGCUCAUCAGCUCUGUGCUGCUCAUCAACUGUAACACAAAUACACUCCUCCGCAGCAAACUGAUGCUUAAUCUGAUGGUCCAUCUACUGCUGCCGCUGUGUGUGGGAAUGCUGGCUUUUUGUCCACUGCACAUUUACAGAGUCACUUACUUCGUGUCUGCAGCUCUGACCCUCUUCGUCUGCUCUUGUUACUUUUGACUUCCCUGCAAACUUUAAAAGUGAGUCUGCAUUGAGAUUAGAUCAAGACCUGGGUUUUGUAUAAAUCCUUACCAGGUCAGACCAAAACAGCCUUAUAACCCUGUGUGUAUUCAGUGGGAUCACAUCAGUGGACCAGCACAUCCAGAGUUAUGUGAUUUGUCGUAUGUCAUCAUUUGUAGCUUCUUGACAGGGUAUUACAUUUGUUAAUGAUGGUAUGUCUGUAUUCAUGAGCAAUACCUCUUGUCCAUAAGGCUAGUUUCCCAGACACAUUUUAAGCCUAGGCCUGAACCAGUGGCAGAUUUAGACAUAGGCGUCAUGGGCAACCGCCCAGGGCGGCAUCUUGCAGGGGGCAGCACGGGGGGAAGGGAUGGUUUGCACAGGGCGCCAUACUGCCACUGGCCUGAACUAAGUUAAUCUAAGACUAUGCUUAAUCAGUGUCUGGGAAGCUAGCCUGUACUGGAGUGUGUGUUGGGGGUGGUGGGAGCGUAUCUGUCUGAUUUAGUGUUAAUUCUUAAAGUCAACAUGAAAUCAUAAUUGUUAGGGAUACACAAUAUAUCAGUAUCUUAUCUGUUUUCAGAUAAUAAUUUUUUUUUUUAUAUAUAUAUAUUUUUAUUUUUUAUUUUUUUACCACCAUCUGACGACAUUGGAUAUUUAAUUUUGCUGCUCAUUUCCCCUAUUUUUACAAUAAGAUUACCUUUGCUGUCAUCUAAAACUCACUUAAAGGGUUAGUUCACCCAAAAAUGAAAAUUCUGUCAUUAAUUACUCACCCUCGUGCCGUUUUACACCCGUAAGACCUUUGUUGAUCUUCGGAACACAAAUCAAGAUAUUUUUGUUUAAAUCCGAUGGCUCCGUGAGGCCUACAUAGGGAGCAAUGACAUUUCCUCUCUCAAGAUCCAUAAAGGUACUAAAAACAUAUUUAAAUCAGUUCAUGUGAGUACAGUGGUUCAAUAUUAAUAUUAUAAAAUGACGAGAAUAUUUUUGGUACGCCAAAAAAAUCAAAAUAACGACUUAUUUAGUGAUGGCCAAAUCAGCGUGUCGGAUUUAAACAAAAAUAUCUCAAUUUGCGUUCCGAAGAUUAACGAAAGUCUUACGGGUGUGGAACGACAUGAGAGUGAGUAAUAAAUGACAGAAUUUUCAUUUUUGGGUGAACUAACCCUUUAAAGUUCAUGUUUAAAAACACAAAUAUUUUAAUCUUUAAGAAAUUUUAAAAAUACAUUAUAAUGUUGUGAGGCCUAAAUUCACAUGUAGCGUUUAAAAUUGGUUUCUUUUUUUAGUGAUUACAAAAUUAUUUAUACAAAAUGGUAUGACAUUUUAAUAUUAGUCAAGUAACGGUUAUCAGCCAUAACAUAAUCGUUCAUCCAUAUCAGCCAGAAUUUUAAAAACGGUGCCCUAACGACUUACAGUUUACUUCUCUCCUUGUGCAUGAUUCAUUAGUGCAUGUUACUCCCAAAAAAAUAAAAAAUAAAAAAUCUUUAAUUAAAUCUUGAGAAAUGGAUCUGUAAGAACACCUACAUUUUCUCCAGUCUAAAUAAAUUGUAAUUAUUUUAUUUUGCUUAUUGAUUCAGCUUAUUGUAGUGUGGAUAGUAACUGAAAAGUUCAUAGUACUAGUGAAUGUGAUGUAAAAACCGUUAAAAAAAACGUUCUGUUCACUUACACUAAUGUUAUCACUUUCAUAUGAGGCUUUUCUUUUUUCACUUGACCGUGAGAAGCAUUUGCUUUCAUUCUGAUUCACAGAAUCAACAAUUUAAGUUACUUAACAAUUUUGUAGUUUAGCAAGAGAAAAAUGCAUUUACGAUUCAUCCCAGCCCCUGUUACUAUAAUAUCCAAUCAAUUUUUACAAAUUUUUCAGUAAAUCAUGCUGUUCAUGGAAAUCUUCACUUCAUCCCCGAGUCAAUUUUCAGUGGAUGAAAUCAGUUCCCAUUCAGCUCAUUUUUGACUAUCCUUUUUCAUAUCAUACAUCAUUAUCAAAAUGUCACAUUACGGAAGUAAAAAAAAAAAGGGUUGCGGAUACUUUUUCAUGUUGACUUUAAGGAUGUAAAAGCAGCUUUAGGUGUUUGUUCAGCUUUUCUGCGAGUCACAUGUCUGUGAGACACGGGAGUCUGUGAGAAUGAUCGGAUCUCUGCCUGUUCUAUCUUUGAUCUGUCAUUUCUGCCUUAAACCAUUUAGCUUUGAAUGCACAUGUAAUGCCUGUAGAUGCUGAAAUAUCUCUGUGUUAGACAGAUCGGUUCAUAUUAACACCCCUUUUGCAUUAACUGAAUCUGUAAGGCAAGGAACAUAACCUUCUGUCUUUAGCCGUUACUGUGAGUUUCGCGAGGUGCGAUCACAGAACUGGACUGACGAGCAAUAUGAAGAUUUUAUAUCAGCAUCAAUGUGCACAAUUUGUGAUGUUAAAAAGACAUCACGGUUAUGGUUAUAGCGCAGUCUUAUAACCUGAGACGAAUUAUUAGAAACACUGCCACAGUCACAGUAGCCAUGAGAUUGUUGCAGUCUGCAUAGCUUUUUUUAAAAUGUAAUGUUUGAUGAAUGCUGUUGAUGGUCCGUCUGUGUUCUUCACACACUGCUCAGCAGCGUCUCUCUGCUCUUUUAUCAUUUGAUCUGCUCAUGAUUCAGGAUUGCUUACCUGAGAGCUGAAAUUAUACUUUGUCAUCCUGAAUCAAAUGAGAGAACGGUGCCUUUCGUGUAAUAUGCCCCUGCUUCUCUGAUACCCGUUUGCAAUGUAAUCUUCUCAUCAUUGAGGACGGAUGUUGAGGAUGUUUGUCAGUCCAUCCAAGUAGUCUAUUUAAAUCAGAUGUCCUUCUCUCACAGGAUGUACUUGACCAAAAAACACUCAUAUGGCACAAAAUUGUGUCUUCUGCACUGUGAAUGUACAUGAAUGUGUGUGUGUGUGUAUUUUAGAUGUUUUGCAGUGAGCUUUGAUGUGUGUUGUCUUUUUUUAUAUGUUGCAAUCUUGCUCUGCCUCAUGUUCAAUUUAAGCUGUUUUUGUGGUAAAAGUCUGAAAGGAUGCCUUUUUUCUAUCAGUAUGAUUGUGACUGAUUGUUUUCAGCGGUGUUCACUGUGAUUGUGCCACAAUAUUUUGAGGCCAGGAUCUGAUUUUAUGUCUCAAAGCAGACUGCUAAUUUGGGGCCAUGUAAUGAGUACACUCACCAUCUGCAAUGAAGCCAAACAGAUCCAACAGCAGCUCUUUAACUCUGCAGCAAUGACAGCAAUGUUUGUAUUGAUGCUUCUGAGGCUUCUGAGCAAUUUAAUGAAGAACUUGCGUAAACUUAUUUUGUUUAAUAGAGUGUUGUGGGAAAUAAAAUGUUAUGUGAUAAUAUUAAAGGUGCAGUGUGUAAAUUUUAGCAGCAUCUAGCGAUGAGGUUGCGAAUUGCAAUAUAGAGAAGCUACGGUGGCCAACACAGGACAAAAAUGUUGUCAUCUGAGACAGCAGAGAGAAGCCAGUCAAGCAAACACACUCUGUAGAGUAGUUUGUCCGUUUAGGGCUACUGUAGAAACAUGCUGGCGCAAAAUGGAGAUUUAACAUGCAAGGGGACCCGCUGUGUAUGUAGAUAGAAAUGGCUCAUUCUAAGGUAAUAAAAUCAUAACGGUUCAUUAUGUAACAUAUUUAUUCACCACAUAGUUAUAUAUUAUAUUGCAGUCCUGUCAAUUUACACAUUGCACCUUUAACAGUUGAAUGUUAAUUGUAAAGACAGAUGGUUCAAAGUUUGGGUUCAGUAAAAUAUAUUUCAGCAAGGGUGCAUUCAACUGAUCAAAUGUGUCAAACUUCUAUUUCAAAUGCUGUUCUUUUGAACUUUAUAUUCAUUAAUGAAUCCUAAAAAAAACAUCAGGGUUUCCACAAAAUAUUAACCGGCACAACCUUUUUCAACAUUGGUAUGUUUCUUGAGCACCAAAUCAACAUAUUAAAAUAAUUUCUGAAGGAUCAUGUGACAUUGAAGACUAAAGUAAUGGCUACUGAAAAUUUAUGUAAAAUAAAUUACAUUUUAAAAUGUAUUUAAAUUUCAUAAUAUUACUGUUUUUACUGUAUUUUUGAUCACAUAAAUGCAGCCUUGGUGAGUGUUUAAAAAAACAAUAAAACAUCUUGACCCUAAAAAUUGAAUGAUAGAUUAAAACUAAUAUUUGAGAUUUGAUUUUAAAAAUGUAAUGUUAAAAUUAAUUGAAAAUUAAAAUUAAAUUUAACUGACAAUUAAAAAUUUUAUAUUAAUGCUUUUUUUAAUAUCAGUCGAACAAUAAUUGACCUUUAGAAAAAAUGUGAAAAAUGAGGGAACAAAAGCCUACAGGCCUGCACAAUCCACAGUCAUUCUGUGUGAGAAACACAGAUCCAGUAUUUCUGUUGGCUUUGAGAUGGGUUUCAAGUUUAGCUGUGACUGUUUUGAUUUUUUUUAUAUAUAUAUAUAUAUAUAAUAUAUAUAUAUAACUAUAAAAUGCAGCUCACUGCCUCAUGAACCUAAAUGCUGUUGUGCUUUAAUAUAGUUGCAGUGACUUGUCUGUUAUAUAUAAUGGAGCGGUUUAAAUCAAUAUUGUAAGGAGACGGUAUUGUCUCAUUUGAAAGCUGAAUAAUAGGUAUUUGUAAUAUUUUAAAAUGAAAGCAUUAAUCAGCAGUUGUAAAUUGCUCACUAAAACAUAAAAUUAAAAAAUGUUUACUAAGAGAUGUAGAAGUUGAUCCAAGUGUGAUUAUAGUGCUGUUUUGCCUGAUUUGUGGUGCUUUUGUAAUGAACAUAUUUCACUCAUGUGCAGUAAAUACUAAACUGUAAGAGUGUAAAUGAACAUUUGUCAAUGCCUCUUUUAUACUGUUCUGUGAUGAAGCACUGUCUAUUAGCACAUGUAUGCUAACACAUUAGCACUUCUAUUGGCAGUCGGGCUGAUUUAACAUCAUUGGCUUGCACCUGUUUGGCCAAACAGCAGCGUCACUGUGAUUGGCUGUGAUCAUUGUUUUCUUAAUAUGGUGAUUAGGGCAGUUCAUGCUUAUUUCUGGAGCAUCUUUUAUUGUUAUUUAUUAUACAGACAUGAUAGAAAGUGUCAGAUGUUGUGCACCUGUUUUGUAAUUAAUUUGUUACAGUGCAGGAUAACAAGGUAUUUGCCUAUCUAAUUCUUUGUAUAUGGUGAAAUAACAAAAUGAACAUUCUCAGGUUGCGAAUAAUGUGUUGUGGAGUCAGUGGCUUGUAGUGUUUAUAUCUUAACAUGUUAUUUUACCCAAAAAUAUGUGCAAUUUGAGCACUACUGCAGUUCCAAUAAAAAUGUUUACAGAGA